GGGUGUUCCAGUUGUUCUCUCCGAGCGAGUGUCACUUCAUCAAUGGCACCGAGCGGGUGAGGCUCGUGGACAGGUACAUCUACAACCGGGAGCAGCUCCUGCACUUCGACAGCGAUGUGGGGGUCUAUGUGGGGGACACCCCGUUUGGGGAGAUCCAGGCCAGGUACUUCAACAGCAACCCAGAAAUCAUUGAGCGUAAACGGGCUGAGGUGGACAUGUUCUGCCGGCACAACUACGAGGUGUACACUCCACCUGCUAUGGAGAGGAGAG